AUGUGGGCUACUUGCAACGUGAAGGUUCGCGAUUGCUUAGCCGCCGCUUCCGUCACUCUGAGACGGUGCCUGAAAUUGGGGGUGGCCAUGGCAAAGAGCAAGUUCGAGUACGUGCGGGACUUCGAGGCUGACGACACGUGCCUGGCCCACUGCUGGGUGGUGGUGCGGCUGGACGGCAGGAAUUUUCAUCGGUUUGCUGAGAAGCACAACUUUGCAAAACCUAAUGACAGCCGUGCUCUCCACCUAAUGACCAAAUGUGCCCAGACUGUAAUGCAAGAACUGGAGGAUAUUGUGAUUGCAUAUGGACAGAGUGACGAGUAUAGCUUUGUGUUCAAGCGAAAAACCAAUUGGUUUAAAAGAAGAGCCAGUAAGUUCAUGACUCACGUGGCCUCCCAGUUCGCCUCCAGCUAUGUGUUUUAUUGGCGGGAUUACUUUGAGGAGCAGCCCCUUCUCUAUCCCCCAGGCUUUGAUGGAAGAGUAGUGGUGUAUCCUAGCAACCAGACCUUAAAGGACUACCUCAGCUGGCGGCAAGCAGAUUGUCACAUCAAUAAUCUUUAUAAUACAGUUUUCUGGGCACUUGUACAACAGUCUGGACUAACACCAGCGCAAGCCCAAGAGAGAUUACAGGGAACUCUUGCAGCAGACAAAAAUGAAAUUUUGUUUUCUGAAUUCAACAUCAACUACAACGAUGAGCCACUGAUGUACAGGAAAGGGACUGUGUUGAUAUGGCAGAAGGUGGGUGAAGUCACAACAAAAGAAGUUAAGCUACCAGCAGAAAUGGAAGGAAAAAAGAUGGCAGUGAUCCGGACCAGGACUAAGCCAGUGCCCUUAUAUUGCGAUAUCAUCGGGGAUGCUUUCUGGAAGGAACAUCCAGAGAUCCUACAUGAAGACAGCUGACCCUUUGCUUUUCAGUCCUGGCAUGCUUAACCCUGCACGGCCCCCCAAGUCUCCUGGCCUUAGGUGGCCCUGGCAUCUCUACCACCCAGAAGAGUGUGCCGGGAGUGACUUGACUCUGGUUGGGAGGGGAACGGGAGAGGAAAAGAUGGACGGGGGGAGUGUAUCUUGUUCUGCUUUAAGUGGAACACCUCUUUUGCAGUGUUGGAACAUGUUUCCUUUGGUAGAAGUGCAGUUUUUUAAAAAUCACGAUACUAUUUUUAUAAAGCAAGAACUAUUUAUGCCUUCCAGAAUGAAUCAUUUUUAGAUUGUGACAUCAGUCUUAUAAAAACCUGUCAAGCUCUUUCCACCUGUGAUAGAAGACGAGCCCAAACUUUACUCUCACCCACCUAUUCUUAACUACAGAAUCCAGUGACCUGGAAAAUCUCACCUUUCCCACACAUCUACUUGCAUUCAUCUUUGGCAGACCUGGCAUCAGUAUGGGUUGAUGGCUUCACGAUGCUUCUGAAUUCAGGAAUUCCUGGGAAAACUCAGGCUUGGUGCCAGUCUCCAAUUUGGCAACUUUGGCUGAAGAAAUGAGUAGUAGUUUGCAUGUCCUUGUGUAAAUAUUCCAUAGAUUGAUUUUGUGGAGUUGUCAGCACGAUCAUCAUCAUUUUCUUGCCAGGACCAUUGUUUCCAAGGCCACUUAACCUCUUUCUAAGAAGAAAGAAUUAUGUGUAUAUAUGAGAGAAAGAAAACGUGAGUGAGGAUGAAUGAACAAGGAGGGAGAAACAUUUACUCCAUGUCCUCUAGAUACUGCAGUUUUAAAAGUCACCUUCCUGUUGGACUUCCUGGAAAGGAUUCUCAGCUAGCCUCCAUAUAAUCAAAACAAUGACAUUUGCAUUGCAGAGCUGAGGGGUCAGCAUGCCCCUUGGGGGUCAGAGGUGCAGGUGUUAAGGGAGUCUUCAGAGACCCACCUGCCGAAGGGCCAGCGGAGGUGGGUGUGGAGCAGCAGACAGCAGCUGCAGUCUGCGUGUGGCCAAGCUGCUGGCCUCUGAAGGGGGCAGGUGGUGGGGGUAGGUGGUGAGACAACUAACAGUACCUCUUGUCCUCAUUUCAUAUUUUAGAGGAAAAAGAUGAUUUGGCUCUAUUAAGAAUUAAUUAAGAGAGAGCCCACGUCCCAGUGCCUGGUCUUGCAUUGCAGAAUUUACAGCCAAGAAGAAGAUGUAUUUUUGAAAGUGUGACAGCUGGGCUCAUCCCUCAUUAGUUGACACCGCAUCUGUCAAUGCCAUUUUUCCCCUCCUGUUCUCACUCCCCGGGAAUAAGAGAUAGGGCUCAUGUUUGGUAAUUGAUAAAAUUUCUUUGAAGAAAAAUAAAGGUUGCAACUCCCUUGGCCUAA